AUGUCAAUUAAAUUCAUUAUUCUUUCUAGCUUUUUAGUAUACCGUGCAUUUGCUUGUGAUUCAAGUGAAUCAGAAGGACGUAAGUAUUAUCUGGUUUUCAGUUUUAUCAAAACAUAUGUAAAUAUAUAUUUGCAGCAUGUGAUGGUAGUACAUUAACUUGUUCAACACAAGUCUGUGAUACUGCUGCUGGUCAAUGUUGUCCUGCUACAAGUACAAGUACAACAACAGUAUCAACUACAACAGCUUAUAAUUGUACUGAUUUAUUGAAUCCAAGAACAGGAGUAUCAGAUUGUCCAGGAUUAUCAUAUCUUUGUAGUGAUUCAACAUAUUACGAUGUUAUGACUGUCCAAUGCCCAAAAACAUGUGGAAGAUGUUCAUCAUAUAAUUCAUCGUGUUCUGAUCGUGUAAAUCCAUCAACUGGUGUUUCUGAUUGUCCAAGUCGUGCAUAUUUAUGUAAUGAUUCAACAUAUUAUGAUGUUAUGACUUAUCAAUGUCCAUCAACAUGUGGAAGAUGUUCUUCCUCCAGUACUACUUCUAGUUCAACCUGUGUUGAUUUAUUGAAUCCAUCAACUGGAGUAUCUGAUUGUCCAAGUCGUGCUUAUCUUUGCACAAAUGCUGUCUAUUAUUCACUUAUGACUGUUCAAUGUCCAGUUACUUGUGGAAGAUGUUAACAUUUUUAAAUACUAACAAUUUCUUGAAUUUUUUCAUUUUUGUUACUUGAUAUCUUUACUUAUAAAUUAUUGGGUUUUAUUCGUUUCUGAACAUAUUUAUAAUUUUAGUCAAUUGAAUUCUUUUUGAUGUCGCAAAUAUAUCGGUGUCUCGAUGGAAGCAUGGAAGCAGCAAAUUAAAAAAUGUACCAAACCACCCUAUUAAUAAUUUUUUCUGCGCUGAAAAAAACCACUCAAAAACCAGAAAAAAAAACAAAAAACAAAAAUGUCGUGCAAAAAAAAAUAAAAGAAAAACAACGAUACUCCGCGUGCACGUUGUUUAGUUUAUUUUGUUGUUUUUUUUGCAGGGUAGACGAGAGAGUGUGGGAAAUGGGGAGAGAGUUAGAGAGAGAGAGAGAGAGAUAUGUGUUUUUUAUUUGAAAAGACAUUAUUGAUUGAACGUUUUUUUCUCGAACUGAAUCAUUUUUCUGGGUUUUUUUUCAGAGCAGAAAAUGUUAUUAAUGGGGUUGUGAUUUGGUACAUUUUUUAAUUUUCCUAUUUUUUUCAGAGACAACAGUCACAGAAUGCAGCGGUCCUAUCAAAUCCACAAUUGUCUAUUUCUUAUGUAAGUUUAAGAAUAGGCGAAAAUUUUGAGAAAAAGAAUGUCGAAGUUUCAGGCUUCCGAACAAGAUGAUGUUUGGUUUGGACAGGACAUUCGAAGAUAUCAACAACUUUUCACGGAACGGGACAGUCAAGUUAGUUUAUUUUGA